CAGGAGGGUCCCUGGGUCCAAUUGGAGCAAAGAGCAAGCAGCAUCUCAAGACAGUGUGUGAACAAGACAAGAGUCCGUCUGGUGCAGCUUGGAGAAGCCCCCUGAACAGCAGCAAGGGGUGCCUCCCGAGCAUGGAUACCUCCAAGUUCAAGAGCCAGACCUCUCUGUCUUCAAGCUCCAGAGGCAGCUCCCAAGGACAGGACCUCCUAGAGGAAGCCCAGCCUCCCCUGCCAAGCCCUGCCAGCAAGGACUUUCUGGGGAUCAGCCCAGGGCCCGGGACCCUGAAGAAGCGGGGCUCCAGACCCUCCUCCAGGGAGAACUUCAUUUCCCUUCUCAAGGGGCCUCAGCAGGACGAUGUCCUCAACUCGAAGACCCAGGAACUGAGGAGUUCACCUCCCAGCCAGAAGAGCAGCGUCAUCCCCAACAACAUUCGCCACAAGUUUGGGAGCCAAGAGGUGGAUCAGCUGGUCUUCAAGGAGCAGGCUCAGAGGGUCAUCAGUGAAGUCUUGGAGGGCCAGAGGAAGAGAAGCCCGUGGUCCAGCAGGACCCAGAGUCCUGUGCAAAUCUCCUCCAUCUUUUCAGACUACCAUGAUCUGGGGUACAACAUGCAGUCCAACCUAUUUCAAGGGCCACCCCAAGAGAUCAAGAGCCUCAUGAAAGCUUCCUACACCCCAGAGGUGCUGGAGAAAUCGGUUCGGGACUUGGAACACUGGCACGGCAGGAAGACAGAUGACCUGGGACGGUGGCACCAGAAAAAUGUCAUGAGCAUGAACUUGCAGAAAGCGCUGGAGGAGAAAUAUGGAGAAAAGACCCACAGCUCCCUUGUACGGAUGGAGACACUGAGGCUCAGUGGAAGAGAAGCAUUCAUGUUGCCUCCUUUGCCAACCCAAACUCGGAGAUGAGGACACAGUGUCAGGCUGAUCUGUGCCCUAUUGUCCUCCAAGGAAUCUCAGUGUCUGCAAUAAGCAGAGGCCAUCAGGAGCCGCAGCAAGCUCAGAAGGAGACAAGAGACUAGAGAUACUGGAGUCCUCGGGAAGGUACUUCAGUGACAUCUGGGCACCCACCAGAAGCCCACAGCAUUGGGUCCACCUGGUCACAAACUGGAAUUUCAAAAAUCAUGAGUCCAAUCAAACCUUUUCUCCUUCCAAGUUACUUAUAUCAGGCAUUUUAUGAUAGCAAUGCAAAGCUGACUAACACAGAUGUACAACCAGGAUGCCCCUAAUCCAGGCUCACAGAGAAGUACGCUGGCCCAAGUGCCAGGCCACUUUCUGUCAUGGCCAGUGCUGUGACUUCCCAUGUGGAGAGUGGGUCAGUGCAGUUGGCCCUGUGUAUCUAUGGGCUCUGAUUGUUAUAGGAAAUGAAAUAGGACCUCCAAAUGAUAUAAGGGAAAUAUAUCAUCCAACCUGCUGGAUGUCUGAUACACCAAGUUCAUGUUCUCUAAGAUUGAAAAAUGAAUUUUAGGAACAGCAGAGGUUAAGAAUAGGAAAGUAUUUAUUGAGAGGAUAGCUUCUAGAGGCAGGAGGGGACCUGAAUGGGUAGCUGGGGACCCUACUUUACAAGGAAGUUUUAUAGAGCACAACCACAUGGGUACAACGUGAGUUAAAGCUGUGAUCAACCAAUAAGGUUACAAGUAUAGUCACUUAGGUAAUAAUGACCCAAUGGGGAAGCAAGUCACAUAGUGAGAGUAUAUGGAAAGAACAAAGAACUUCUCAGGCAGGUGAUGGAUCCCGGGUCUUGGUCACCACUGAGGUGACUGAUGCCUAUCUAGACUUUAUUACAUCAGGUGCUGUCAUUUAUCACAUCACUUGGGGAAGUAUGUAGACCUGCUCCUUUUGUCAUCAUCUUGAUGCUUGUCCCCCAACUGAUGUGUAUCUGGCCACAGUUGUAGUGUGUUUUUACCUUUUGUCCUGACUCUCAAGGGCUCAGCCCUGUCUGAUUGCCUUUUAUAUUUCUAUUUAACUUAGUUGUCUAUAAUAAAGGGAAUGGUUUACCAGCUGUUUCCUUUGCUCUUCACCUUGUCCCCACAGCAUAUCCACUUUGGCCUCAUCUAAGCCCUCAAACAUGUUCCUCAUGCAACCAAUCCCUAGUGAUUGUAAGGGUCUUCCUCCCAUGAGUUUUAACCUGUGAGCUCUGUUAAGUAAACAUUAUAGAAGUUUGCUGUUUUGGACCAGGCUUCUGCACUAGGCCCCAAUAGACCAGGCUAAAAUCAAAAUGGAGUCACUUAGUGAUGGAGACCACCCUGAGCCAGUUACAAUUUUAUAAAUUGGAUUUUCAUAUUAAAAGUAUAAGUCUGCCUAUUAGCCCACAAUGGCUUGCCUGAUGAGCUAGCAGUUGGUGUGUGGAAAAGAAACAACCCCCCAUGCCACUAGUCACAGCAGAGGUGUCAAUGAUCCGUGACACUGUGACGUCUUGGAUGGCAAGACAAUAGCUAAGGGCAACUACACAAACUUCUAUAGAAGCAAAAAUUAAUCUGUGGGAAAAAACAAAUUUCCCAUUAAUCAAUGAUCUGUUCCUGCUAGAAUGUUUUGUUCCUUUGUUGCUAGGACCAGUGCUCUCCACUCCACUGUUCCCUACACCAUCCUUUAUAGCUUCAAGAAGCUGUGUGUUCAAUAAAUAGUGGCAAGCUCCAGGAGACAGUGUCUUAGCCUGAUAAGAGCUUUAACCAUCCUAGGCCCCUUAUGCAGUAUGGAUUUUGUCUUUUCUUUUGUUAUCCUGGUUUAGUACCAUUGGUAGAGUGAUUGGGGUCAAUAACAGGCUAAAGUUCAAGUCACCAAACUGAAACUAAGCAGUUUAUCUGACCUUCCAAGAAACCAGGAGAGGUGAGAGAUGACUAUCAGAUUUCCCAAACAAGCCAGUUUCAAUUGGCUGAGUUCCCUCUGCCUUAAUCUUUUCACAAAAAAGGAAGGAAGGAAGAAAGCAAGCAAGCAAGCAAGCUGUUGUUAAUCACUGUUGGGAACAAUGCUAC